CACGAGCCUCUUAUCACAACACUGCUCAAUGAGCCUGAUUUGCCUCGAAAUUCAGGCUUUAGAUGACAUUGAGAGACUUUUGGGAACGUUGGAUUAACUAAAUUAGAUUUCAAUUAGCAACUCGCUCUAGUCAUCAGUAGUCGUACGAAAGCAGCAAAAAAAAUGCAAGUUGGAAAUCAAAUCGAUCCGAGUAUGUUGCCUGCGGAACUGCAACACGGUCCCUUGCCACUAAUCGGGUUCUUUGGCUUGGAAAUCGCCACAAAUCCCGUUCACAAGACAAUUUGGGAUGCCUUUAGUGCCAACAGGAAAAUCGAACGAACUGCCCUGAACUUUAAAUUGCUCCCAAUUGGCACAGAAUUUCCCGUUGCCAAGCCAAAAACGCGUUCGUACGAGUGGUAUCACCCGAAAGGCAUCUUGAAGCGGAACUGGCUCACGAAACAUUUGAAUAUUUUGCCAUCGGUUGUCGUUCUUUUUCAAAAUCUGGAAUGGUCGGAUCCGCAAUGGACCGAAAAGCAAUUACAAUGUGCCUCUCACGUGCAAUCCAUCAAGAAUUCGUUGCAAGGACGCAACACGCAGCUCAUUGUCGUGCUGAUUCAGAAGGGCAGCGGCGGGCAAUCGACGCAAAAUGACGAUUUAUUGUCGUCAGAACGGGCGGCGAAUCUCACGAGCAUGUGUGACAUCAACGCAAAGUUACUUUUUGUGCUGCCGUACAUGGAUCAACAUCUCAUGAACUACAUUUUACGCUUGGAAUCCGCUUUUUACGAACACUCGCAAGUCUAUUACACACAAAUGACGAAGACAAUUCGCUCGCAUCGCGAACAACUCACUUCCUCACAUCAAGGUUUGAUGGUUCGACAUCAAUUUAAACUCGGGAUCAUCUCUGAACUGCGACAGGAUUUCAAUACAGCACUCAAACAUUACCGGCAAGGCUACAACUUCCUCGAAGAGAUCCGCAUCGUCGACACGAACUGCAUGGAGAUCAAAACUGUCGCCGGCUUCAUCAACUACAAAAUUUGCAAGCUCAUGUUCAAGCUAAAUAUGCCACGUGACGCAAUUACGCACUUCAAAACUCACAUCGAAAAGUAUAAAUCGCGUGCGGGCUUCCGCGAAUUGCAAUUCGAGCAUUUUUCGUGGCUCGCCAUCCAAUAUCAGGCCUUUGCGGAGCUCUUUUGCGAGGCAAUUCGACACGGGCUUCCGGCGUUACAAACGCAACAUCCGGGAAAAUAUUACUACAAGGCGGCGGAGUACAUUGGAAAGCGAAAAGAAACUUUUUUGGAGUGUCUUGAAAUGCCGCAAAGUCCCGUAGAUCCGCCGCCAACGAAUGGCACAGCGUCGAUUUUGCAUUCGGAAUUUUGGGGUGUGAGAGGAGCGAAAAAUUCAACCGAAGGCACGUCAGAGUCCGUGAUAAUUCGACUGAUUCAGGAGCAGGAAAAGACUUUUAAUCAUUCGCAGGCGAUAAUUACGUUGCUGGGGCAGGCAAUGGCGCAGUAUAAGGUUUACAAGUGUCUCAGGUUCAGGAAAAAGUUGGCGGUUGAUAUGGCGGAAGAGUAUCUCAAGUGUGGGGAUUAUCCGAAGGCUUUGACGCUCUAUUCAUUGAUGUUGGCAGACUACCGUGCUGACAAAUGGUACACAAUAUUCACGGAAAUCCUCUUGAAGACCCUGCGAUCUGCUUAUCUCUCCGCAUCUCCUGUGGAUUUCAUCUGUUGCAGCGUGGAAGCCUUAUCGCCCAACAUUUUAAUCGAAAAAGACGAGCGAAUUGUCAUUUUAGAGAACUUAUGGAAGGUCCUUCAGGGCGUUGCGCCUCUUUCGCCGCAACAAAUCGUGCCUGAACUCAAGACAAAAUGGGAUUCCACGCUCGAAACGCUAAAAUCUCCCGUGCUAAUCGACCUUGACAAGAUCACCGACGUGCUCGACUGUAAGAUAACCUUCAACAAGGCCGAGUUAAAGUGCAACGAAACGUAUCAGUUGUUCUUGUUCGUGCGAAAUAACACCGACGUACCGCUAAAAGUGCGAAAAUUCACCGUUGUCUUGUACGAUUCGAAGAAUUAUUUCAAAAUUUGCGGCUCAGAAGCGGGCGAAUACACGAAAAGAUGGGAAACGUUGCGCCCAAUGACGUCAGAUGUCAUGCUGGAGCCCGGGAAAUGUUACAAAGUCGUGUUCGAUGGAGACGCCACGCACUUGGUUGAAAAUAUCGAACUGCAAAUCGCGAAAAUUGAGAUCGAAAUGGGCGGAAAACACUUUGCCGUGAUGCAAGCGAGUCAAGCGCUCAACAAAACGAAGCAAUUUAAGGCGAAUUUCUUGCAACGAGACUGCAUGGAGCUCCUUACUGUGAUCAAUAGUUGUUAUGUGACACCAACAUUCCAUUUGCACUCGAACACGCGUCAACUGAUGCCGGCACCGAUGCUCGUCAACGAAUAUUUCCAGCUGCAGGUGAAUGUGAUAAAUAACUUUGACAUGUGUUUGCAAUGCGUCGGAAUUGGCAUCACGGUGCCGCAAAAUUUGCGAAAUCGCGUCUUCCUAACGUCAGAGCUGCAAGAGGGAUCCAUGCAAAAACUCUCGUCGCACAUCCAAAUCAACAUUGGGGACCUUUCGAUGCAAGCGAACACUUCGGUCACGUUCUAUCUCGUCAGUUUGGCGGAAGGCGCCAUCGAACUGAAGCAAAAAUUGUGGUAUCAAGUCGAAAAUAAUCAAGUUGAGGCAACGUCGAGUGUCGCGGUAGCACUUGAAUCGCCAACGAACGAGGUAAAAACGCUAAAAGACACGAAAAAUUCUCUCGCGAAUCAUAAUAUUAGGAUAGAAUAUUUGGAAAAUGGUUGGAUUAAGAAGAUAAAAGAGGAAACAAUCAAUGUGACGUGCAUCGAGGACUUUAGUUUGACAGGAAGGUUUUAUACGCUGAGUCGUCAGGCGUUGAUGCGAGCUUAUAGGAACGAGGAUUUCAUCUUUAGAGUCAAUUUGGAGGUCAAAAGUCCCGUGGAGAUCGAGAUUUUGGAGUUAUUUUUCAUUAGUGAUCACAACAUCACGGAAAUGUGGCAUAAAAACAACAAAAAAGCCCUCAAAAGACGCUAUCGGGCAGGAAGAGCUCUCGAAGACAUCGUCAUCCUUCGUCCCAAUCGUUGUUCAAACGAUUGGCUAAGCAAGGAAGCUUUCCUCAAUGACGAAAACUGCAGUAAAAAUGUGUUUGCCUUAGACAAAAACGUCGAAAUGUCACAACAAGUUGCUCCAACGAACGUCACGCUUCCCAAUUCCAAAGAAACAACCGAAAAUUUCAGUAAAAAUUUGCUCUCAACUGACGUCACGACGCUCGGAACAUCCAAAAGUGGCUCCAAAACUUCCACAGAUUCGUUGCAAAAGGCAGAAGAUGGCACGGGAAAUGUCGCUGCGAGCACCAAGAAUAUUCUCUUAUCGAAAAUUGUGUAUAACAAUGCCCUUGAUUCGCUGUAUCAGACGCAAAAUGGGCGGAAUGGGUUCAUAAAUCAAGGUAAAGGUCUCAUGGGAGGCACGAAAAAUAAGUUGCUCUUCGGAGUUUAUUGCGUGAAAUGGAAACGAGCGGGAAGUAAAGACGUUAACGAGUCGAAAUUCAUGAUAAAUGGUGUCGACAUCAUUGAGCCUCCAUUGAACAUUUAUUGCUACUUGACACAAAAAGUCUUCGCCAAAGUUGCUGUUCCCUUCAAAAUUACGCUCAGUAAUCCGACGACGAAGGUCAUGUAUCUCUCGGCGACGUUGAAUAGUGCUCCAAGUUUCAUGUUUGCGGGACAUCGUUUGCUAAAUAUCACUCUCUUCUCUCACUCAUCGAAAGAUUUGGUCUUUAAUUUGUACGCGCUGAAAGCUGGAUGGCAGCAAUUGCCGGAACUCGUACUGCAAUACGAUCAAAGCCAAAGUGACAAUCCGGAACAGGCGAUUCCGGACACGCAGCAAAAUGAAUUAGCUAAUUUAGUGAAGCGAUGGAUGCCGAAAUGGGUGUUUGUUCAUCCUCCAAGUCUGACGCUCUCGACGCCCUCAUUAUCUUAGUAUUCGAAGUAAAGUAAAAAGAAAUUAUUCGAAAUUUGAUGUUUUUUUAUUAUCAUAAUCUACCAUUAUAGCUAUUAUUAUAGUUAAAUGUAUCCAUUGUUUAAUUAAAAUUGUUUUAUUAAAUUUACAUUUAUUUAAAGAGUUCACAAAAGGAUGAGAAAGAAAGAAAGAAAAAACCAUUAAAAAAAACGAAAACAAAUAAAUUUAAUGAUUUAUUUUUCUACUUGAUGAUUCGGGGGAAAGAGAGACGCGAGAUGAGAAAAAAAUGUUCAACCAAAAAAAAAAA